AUGACGGGCUCAGCCGUCGAGUCGCGCCCGACGAGCAGCGUCAACUCGUCGCGCCAGGUGCGCUCGCAGAGCAUCUCCAGCGACAGGAAUUCGCGCCAAUCGCGGUCACUCAGUAUCUCGAGCGAUAGGCCUUCGACUGCGAGCCACGCCUUCUUCGCGCCUCCGCUGUCUGUAUCGCCAGAAGCCGCCUUCAUCGCUUCCACUGCAGCUUCCCAGAUCAUAACCAACGACCACGACGGACAGCCAAAUCCCUGGUACGAGGAGCAUGGCGUCGUGCCCUCGAGGGAACCAGCCCUGAUAUCCCCCGCCGCCCUGCAGCUCGUCAACAGCUUCCUCGACCAGCUACUUCUAAACUUCCUGCAAGUUGCCAGGUCGACUGCCCUCUCUGCGCUGCGACCAGCCGUCUCGGAUGUGCUCAAGCCCAAAUUGGCCAAGGAAACCAUAACCAAUGCCGAUGAAGAAUUGAAGGAGUACAUUGGUGGCUCUGAGGAUGAGGAAUUUACCGACCCUCAGAGUCCGAAUGCCCAAGACUGGGAUGUUGUGCUGGCCUGGAAGCGAGCCCGAUUGCGGUGCAUGGUCUACUCCUCUCUAGGAGACUUGGAGGAAGAGGACGAAGACAAGUACAUGAAACAAGAACAUCUCGAAGUGGGCGAGAACGAACAGGCCUCCGUCAUCAUCUCGCCUGCCGUGGCCAUCUUCCUGACUUCAGUCCUGGAAUACAUCGGCGAGCUCACGCUCACUGUUGCAGGGCAGGCGGCCAGCCAGAGAAUGCGGUCCAGGCUGGAGAGGGAGCUCAAGGAUGGAUCACGUAGUCCCGCUGCCAUCGUCGAAAGAAUCGUCGUGGAGGAUGUCGACAUGGAACGAGUCGCGCUCGACCGAACCCUUGGUCGCUUGUGGCGAGGAUGGAAGAAGAGGCUGCGUGCGCCGGUGGCCGAGUUCGCUCCCGGCCGAUCUCCCCAUAUAAGCCACAUGAUAACAGAUGGCCUCGCCAACGGCGUCAACGAUCGCAAGCCUCGUGCUACUGAAGAUGAGGCCAGCCCUGCGGAGGUGCGCGAUCAGCCAGAAAAUGCCAUUGUAGAGGAAGUUCUUCCCAUGAACAUUCCGCUACCUAUGGGGGACAAUGACAUUGCUGAGAUUGAGGUGCCGGGAUUGGCCCACUACAGUGACGAAGAAGAGGAGGACGAGACGGAAGAAGAAGACUUUGACGCGCGCCGCAUCAAGUCAUUCGCUGGUACAACCUCCCUAAUCGAAAAUUCUCUGGCUUCGGAGUCGGGUCACUACGCCACCUUGCUUGGCCUUCACAGGAGAUCUACCUCCCUGCCGACCAGAGGGUCGGUUUUCUAUGCGACAGCACGCCCGAGCUCCAAGCCUACCGAAGCAGAGAGCGAUGCCGCGCAGCCAAAGGAGGCAGAUGCAACUCCCGAGAACCAGGGGAGCAUUUCCAAGAAAGCCCGUGACUCGGAUGAGAGCGGCUCAGACGACCUGGAUGAGCUUGUCUACGAAAAGGCCGAGAUCCUGACUUCAUCGAGGGUGUCUAUCUCGAGCACUUCCUCUCGUUCCGCCUCAGAUUCGGGUAAGGUUCUGCAUCUGAGUCGGUCUUCGAGUGUACGCUCUGCGCGCCUCAUCGACGUACCACCCCGCAGCCCCGUCACCACUCGUCCAUCAUCGCAGGAAUUGGCUGAGCGGCCGCGCGCAAAGACCGUUUCUGGCUCUAGCCCUCUGUCGCGCGCGGGAGGCGCCGACGAGCUACGGACGGCCAAGGCAAUCGACACCAGCCUCCGGACGGCAGUGAUCGUGGCUGCCGCAAGGUCGCCCGUAGAGAGGACAAGACCAACGAUUCUGGGCGCGGAAACCAUCUCUGAGUCUGACGAGGACACUGAUCAAGUGAGCCCUACUAUCACGCCCAUAUCAUCGUCUCGAACCCGAGAUCAGCUCGGCCGCCUUCCACAUGGCUUGCAGACGAACAUGUGGACAGCUGAUCGGCCGGCUGCCCAAAGCGACCAGGCUCACCAUGGUGCCCGAGGAGAGUCGUUGAGAGCCACCAAAAGCGCCACCGAUACCCAGUUUUCAGAUGUCCCUUAUAGGGCCGCCGCGUAUUCGAGUCGACAAUCUCCCAGGCCCGCAGCCGAACAGACAGUGCCGGAAGAGAGCGAGGAGGCUACGUCGUCGCUGAGCUCCGGCGUUCCCACUCGCCCGAUCCACACGUCCAACUCAUCCACAUCCUCGAGCCGGUUCAGAGCGGUUAGGACCAUCUCUGACGACGCUUCGAGCCGUGCGGAGAGCAUGGCGCGCACAUUCGAAGAGCUCAUUCAAAGCAACCAAACCAUCACAUACACGUUGACUCCCGAGAAUAUGCGUGAUAUUGAUGUCCCGACUCCUCAUGACAGUCCGGUUGUGACCAAGGCCACGCGGAAGAGUGAAGAUAUGAUGCGAACUUCACCGACCCCUUCGAAGGCCUCACCCUCCAACUCGCGGACGCAGCCCUCUAGCCCCAAGGUCCCUCCGGAGAACAAGCCCAAACUCUCUGGACCAAUUCCUCGGGCCCCGCCGGGAGCUACCUCCUUGUCUGGUCGCAUGGGCGGUUCUCAGGCUCGUGAUGCUCGCGCCCCCGGCGAAUCGCUUUCAGACUUUGCCGACUUCCUCAAAUCUACAGGUCCUCCGGGCGACAGAGCGCCUGCAGCUCAGCGCAAUGUUCACAAUCCCGUCACCUCGACGAAGAGCUUUAUGGAGUCCCAGCAAUCCAUUUCUACAAUGGCCAGUCGCAAUACCAACCGAAAUCGCUACCAGCCCCGAGAGGCCGCUGCUACCAGCAGAAACGACAACUCGGAUCUGAUUGACUUUAUCCGCCAAGGCCCACCCAUCCCGGGUAGCCAGAACCACAUCCCCCGGCAUGUGGCUCCCUUCCGCAACACGAUGGAUCUGGAGAUGAUGUCUGGUGCUGGAGGUGGCCGAGCAGUGGAUGCGGUUCUCCCCGACAUGCGGCAUAGCCAGGCUUCCACGGACAACUCGAUGCCGUCGGUACACUCGUCCAUCAAUUCCAGCUCCGCCCUUCUCAAGAACCAGGGCAGGUCAAAGGCGAGCAAGCUUUUUGGCGAAGAAGAAGAAGAAGAUGAUGACAUGGUCAUGCCCAUGCCUGUGCGAAAGACCCGCCGUGUUCGCGAUCCAUACGCAAUCGACUUCAGCGACGAGGACGAGGACGAGGACGACUUUGACAUUGCCCCCAGGCCUCCCGCGAAGAAAGAAGAGAGUUUGGCGGAGUUUCUGAUGAACUGCGAACCUCCUCCUGCGCCGCCGCCGCCCCCAGCCUUGUCCAUGCAAACGCCCAAGAAGAAGACGAGCACGCCCAGUUUAAUCGGCCGCUUCACUCGCAGCGGCUCCAAGGAAACCAAUACCUUGGUUGACUCUCGAUCAAUUAGCAGCCGCGCUGGCGCCAUGGGCUUCACCAACGAUGUCCGUUCGCUUAAUAGCCGCGUGGGACUCGCCAGCAAGUACACGCCGAUCCAGAUGCCGCCGGGGUACGAUAAGUACGGGCCGAUCAGCACAAAUCCUCCCCCUGUGAGCAAAGCCUCGAUGGAUCGACCUCCUCCGGUGAGGAAAGCCUCCAUCGAGCGGCCACCUCCUGUGAGCCGAGUCACGAUGAAGCGAUUCGAGCCCCGGGAGCCUGCGUUCAUGGGCGAGACGGGAGACCUGGCGAAGUUCCUGCGCGAAUCAGAGCCUCCGCCGGAGUUUGUUCCUCCGAAGACUGCCAGCCAGCAGGAUGAGCCCAGUGGAUUUUCCAAGAUGUUUGGGCGGAGACGGAAGGCGUCGGUAGCUUGA